AUGUCUCAAGCAUCUUGUAUAAAGUAUAAAAAUCCUGCACAAAAUAAUUAUUACUCGGGUGGAGUUUUAACUUAUGUUUAUAGGUGGAAAAUAACAAAAUGGAGUGAUGUUAGACCUUUUAUGGAACAUACUAGUCCUCCUUUUAAUGCUGAUAAUUUACAAUGGUUUGGUAUUUAA